GUGGGUGAUGGUGCCAGGGAGGACCAAUCACACGCCGCCAACUGUGUGUAGAGUCAUCACUUGCUUCACUCCUCUCACUGUUCUCUUAACCUUCCUCACUGUUGCUGCUGCCUCACAACACUAAGUUCCGUCGUGGCGAUGAAGUGGCACUUGGGAACAGUAUUGUUACUGGCGUGCAUUGCUGCUGCUACGUCAUUAAAAUUGGAUGAAUGUGAAGUAUGUAUCACCUUCCUGGGCAAGUUCAGUGAGACACUCUCAGAAGAGGAUAAGGCUAAUCCUACAAGAAUUGAAGACAAAUUUAGAACAGCAUGUGAAGAUGCAAAGGGUAAAGACAAUCGCUUCUGCUACUAUAUUGGUGGUUUGGAAACAUCUGCCACAGGCAUUUUAGGAGAAAUGUCCAAACCAAUGUCCUGGGGAAUGCCAAUGGACAAGAUUUGUGAGAAAUUAAAGAAAAAAGAUGCCCAGAUAUGUGACCUAAGAUAUGAGAAGCAGAUUGAUCUAAAGAAUGUGGAUUUGAAGAAGCUUAAGGUCAGAGACCUAAAGAAGAUUCUUAAUGACUGGGAUGAAUCUUGUGAUGACUGCUUAGAGAAAGGAGACUACAUAAAGAGAAUUGAAACUCUUAAACCCAAGUACAUGCGAGGUGAACUGUAAUGUGGAUGAAACUAGGAUGAAGAGGCUAGUGCUUACUAUUUAUUUUUGUGAUGGGCAUUGCGUUCAAACUAUGAAAGAGUAUAACUGAACAUCUGAAGUAUUGAAGAACACUGAGUUUAGGUUCUUAAUUGUUUUAGUGUGUGGCAGUGCAUGAAGUCAUUGAAAUGAUUUGUAGUGAAUUAGACAUGAAGAUUUAAUUAUAUUCCCUUUACUAUUAACUUUUCCUUGUCAGAUUUGGGCUAGAUGAUCUUGCCCUUACAAAAGAGAUUAAAAAUGUUUUAUUGAAUAUUUGCAAGUUUGGAGGGGUUCAGUUUUUAGAAUAUAAAAACUUUUGCAACUAGAGGAAACUUUUCUAUUACUAGAUACUGUCCAAAUUGAUACAUAGUUAUACCAGCUCUUUGUGUAAAAUUCUUGCAUCUGCAUACACUAGUCACUUAGCAUAUUUAUUUACUUCAGUUACUUUCAUAAAGUGAAAAUGUGAAGGAAAAUUUCUCUUAAUUUUCUUAUUCACUGUAGCACAAACAGGUAACACUACAAAUAAUUUUGAGGAUUUUAUAAAUGUUGUUAAUAAAUCCUUUUGUAUA